AUGUCGCGGCAAGAUAAAGCGACGACAGAAAGACAUGCAAAAACCCUCAGAGAGCUCCUCAAGAAGCCGGAGAACAAGGUCUGUGCUGACUGCAAACGAAAUGAUCCUCGAUGGGCGUCCUGGAACAUUGGCGUCUUCCUGUGUAUUCGCUGCUCAGGUAUUCACCGCUCGAUGGGCACACAUAUCAGUAAGGUCAAGUCGGUGGACCUUGACGUAUGGACUCCGGAACAGAUGGCUUCCAUACAGCGGUGGGGAAAUCGUUUAGCUAACCUGUACUGGGAGGCACACCUCAAGCCAGGGCACAUCCCAGCGGACCACAAGAUGGAAUCUUUCAUCCGCUCAAAGUAUGAGUCUCGACGUUGGGCUCUCGAUGGACCGCCGCCGUCGGAUCCAUCCGUUCUCGAAACCCAGGCAGCACAAAGCACACAAUCCACGCAGGCCAUACCAGCAGUCACUGCACCUUCAGCGCCAUCUUCUGGUUCACCAUCCGUGACGCCGUCUGUAGCAUCCGCCCCGCGCCCUAGCGUCACCAACCGCCAACCACAACCGCACCAGCUACUCUCCGCAGGCAUCGCCAACCGCACCCACCAAGCUGCCACACACCCCGCUCUCUCAACCCCAGACACGCAGCUCCAGCAGCCUGCCGCAUCCGCGUCCGUGCCGCAGGCUACUCCUGCGAACGAACUAUUCUCGCUCGACUUCCACCCGCCUUCAGAAUCGAGCACUCCUACCGCAGCCCCAGCAAAGAAGGAUGUCAAGCAGGACAUCCUCUCCCUCUUCUCGACACCGGCACCGACCCCUGCGCAGCCGGCGUUCCCCCAAUUCGCCCAGGCCGACGCCGGGUGGGGAAACUUCGCCUCACAGGUGUCCCCUCAGCCGCAGCCACAGCAGACAAGCAUGAUGGGGAACGCUGGUGUUGCGAUGUGGGGUGCGAGCUCGGGGUGGAAGGCUCCGGCUCCACCGUCCCAGCCGAGCCUCUGGGGUAACGCGAGCGUGCAACCUCCGCAACAGCAGCAGAGUCUUUUCACCACGAGCGACGUCUGGGGUACUCAGAGCGCUGUUGCAGCCACGGGUGAUCUCUUCGGUACAUCUGCAGGCAUGCAGAAGAAGGACGAUGCUUUUGGCGACAUUUGGGGCGGGUUUAAGUGA